AUGGAGGAUUGGAAUUUACAUCCUUUAAAAGGAGAGCAUUUACAUGUUAGGUGUUGUGCACAUAUUCUUAAUCUUGUUGUUAAUGAUGGAUUGAAAGAGAUGCAUGAAUCUAUUAGCAAGAUAAGAAAUGCUAUUAGAUAUGUGCGUGCUUCCCCUAGUCGUAUGAAUAGGUUCAAAAAUUUCAUUAAGGAAGCUAGGAUACAAGACAAGUUUACUAUUCAACUCGAUGUUCCCACUAGAUGGAACUCUACAUACACCAUGCUUGAAAGUGGUUUAAAAUUUCAAAAGGCGUUCAAGAGGCUAGGGGAGAGAGAUACAGAAUAUGCUCUAAUGCAAGGUGGUAUUCCGAGGAAUACUGAUUGGGACAAUGCAAAACACUUUAUGGAAUUCUUGAAAAUUUUUCAUGAUGCUACAAAGAGUGUGUCUGCUUCUUGUGGUAGUCAAGAUCCAUUACUUGGGAGUAUGGCUGAGAGGAUGAAGCUUAAGUAUGACAAAUACAAGUUGAAGUUUGUGAACUUUAGCUUUGAAAAGCUAUAUGAUAAAGAUGAUGUUGAUUUUUUGGGUGCAAAAGUGAAAGAAACCUUCUCCAAGAUGUUUGAAUGCUAUAUGAAUGCAAAUAAUGGGGGAAGAUCUUUUACUUCAACAACAAUGGAUGGUGCAUCAGAUGUGGGAGUACCUGAUGGCGACAUGGCUGGUGAUUUUUUUAAGGAGGUGCAUUUUCAUGAGAUCAUCAACAAGAAUGAGGUGGAUUUGUAUUUGAUGGAUGGUUUAGAAAAGCCUCGUGAUCAAAAUACUUUUGACAUAUUGAAUUAG